AUGUCUAUGAAGUUUGAUAAUCACCUAGAGCUUUUACGCUCUAGUAUUAUGGAUAAUAAUGGUGUUGAAGAGAAAGUAGAAGUUAAUCAACGACAUUUGAUUGAUAAAAUCCUUGCAAGAUACUCUGCUGAAUAUGUAUUAUAUAGAGAACUUAUGCAAAAUGCUGAUGAUGCUUCUUCAAGUUCUGUUCAAAUUCACUUUCAAUCAAGUUCACCUGAUCAAACUAAACCACCUAAUUUAUUGGCAAAAUGUAAUAAAAUAGUAUUCAAGAAUAAUGGCAUAGCAUUUAGACCUGAGGAUUGGCAACGGCUAAAGAGAAUUGCAGAAGGAAAUCCAGAUGAACAAAAGAUUGGAGCUUUUGGUGUAGGCUUUUAUUCUCUUUUCUCAGUCUGUGAUAAUCCUUUUGUCUUUUCAGGUUCACAGUGUAUGGCAUUUUAUUUCAAAGGUGAUCAGCUAUUUGCUAAGCGUGCUGAUGUACCCAAAGAGAAUGAUGAUCUUUGGACUUCAUUCUUAAUGGACUUGAGAGAACCAAUGGAAUUACCUGAUUUCGAUCAUUUUUGUAAAUUCCUUACUACGAGUAUGGGCUUUACAGCUAACUUGAAACAGAUUACUGUUUAUUUCGAUAAUCACCAAAUAUUCAACAUUGUUAAAAAAGUUACGGAACCUAGAGCAAUGGUAAUUGAUACUCAUAAAAUGCUACUUACAACCCCACAGCGUAUGUUUACUAUUACCGGCUCUGACAUGAGACAAAUUCAAUUAGAUUCAGAAAAAUAUACACCACCAAGUCUAUUUACUCCUUUAACUAAUUUCUUAUCAUUUUCAAAGCUUACAGAAUCAGAAAAUAAAAAUGGAUUACCAGUUGAAAAAGCUAGCAUAUUUUUAAGGGUUGUUACAGGUUCCCUAAAUGUCAAUGUAUCAAGGGAUUAUGAAAAGCAAAUGGAGCGUGCAACAAAGAAAAAGCCACCUAAGACAACUAAAUUUCAGCUCGUUUAUACGGGUAAAGAAGAAUUAGAUGCCUCAGAAAAUAAAAGUAAGAUUUUUAAGGACUUGAUACCUUUCCCUCAUCAGGGUCGUGUGUUUAUUGGAUUCCCAACACACCAAACAACUGGUUGCUGUUGCCAUAUGGCCUCUCGGUUUAUACCCACUGUUGAAAGAGAGAGUAUUGAUUUUGCUGACCGUUAUAUUAGUAUUUGGAAUAAAGAAUUGUUGGCUGUAGGUGGUCUAAUGGCUAGAAUAGUUUAUAAUGAUGAGAUGGGUCAAAUAUCAAAGCUUUAUCGUGAGUUAGUUGGAUAUUCUUCUGAAGUUGAUAAAACAAAAUCGGAUUCUGAUGAUAGUGCAAAAGUCAUAUUGGAAAAGAGAGCAGCUCAUGCAUUACACUCAUUUACUUUUCAGCAUUCAACUCCUAGCUCAAUUGUUGGAAAAGUCCAUGAGGAAAGGUUUUUUAAUGCUUGUAAAGCACCUCUCGAUAUCAUCACUUCUCAUGGAAUUCAGCCCAUUACAAUAACAAGAUGUGUGCCUGAUAAAAUGAGUUUAGCUGGGCAUGCUAUUACUGAAUUAUUAGAUAGGUUUAUAAAAACAAUUCCUACCAUAACACCUAUUGUUUUUCAAGAGUGUAAAGAGAGUGUAACAAAACUCGCAAAUUUUGAUCUACUUCAUUCUUUGGGUAUUAAUGACGUUUUAAAAGAGUUAAACAUGAGAUCAUUGAAGGAAGACGAAAUGGUAGCAUGUAUGCAAUGGUGGAUUGAAUGCAAUAAGAAAAAUCCUUCUAUUCCCAAGUCCACACUAGAUAGUAUAAAUGAUCUUAUUCGUACACAGUUUUUGGAUGCAGCCAUUAUGGAUUGCGGAGAAGAAAGAGGUCUUCUGCAACUAUCUCACACACGAUGGUGGUUAAAUCCUAAAGUUAUACCCUUAGAUAUGCCUGUUCCUGAGGAUACAAUGCCUUUUUCAAUAUCAAAAAACUUUUUAAACAGUGAUUUAGCACAAUAUUUUGGGAAUAUGAAUGAACUUGGUAUUGUACCUUGGGUUCAAUUUAUUGUAAACAAAAAACCUGAAUUAGAAACAUCAAGAGAGUUUACGGAACGUGUUUUAAAUAUCGUUUCAAGACAAUAUAUGCAUAUUUCUGCAAAGUUACAAGAGGAAGUCGUGACUCUUUUAAAGCUUAAAAAAUGUAUACCAACAAAGUUUGGGAUGAAACAACCUUAUGAAGCUUAUUUCCCUAAUGUAAACCUGUUUGACGAUUUACCAAUUUACGUUUUUAAUCAGUCUAGAAAUAUCAAUGAAUCAUUUCUAACAGCUCUCGGUGUCAGAAAGCAUGUUGAGCUACAAAUGGUUUUUGACAGAUUAAUUUCGGAUGGUAGUUGGUCCCAUGUAGAAUUAAUUAAAUAUCUUACUUCUGUUCAGUCUACUCUUAGUGAGACAGAAAUUCGUAGAUUACGUGGAACACCUAUCUUUAUAAAAGAAGGAGAAAAACCAAGAUUAAAGGAAAUAGAAACUCCAAUAAAUAAACUAGACGAAAAUGGCAAACCUAUUAUGGAAAAAAAAAUUAAAAAGGUAUAUAAACGUUACAAAGCAAGUGAUUUAUUUGCACCUACAGAUAUUGUCCAAGAUUUAAAAUUACCUGUCCUUUAUUGGCCAAAUAAUCCUCGUUGGAGACCUACUAGCGAUGAAGCCAAAUUUUUGGAAAAAUUAGGGUUAAUUACUAUUCCACCUUUAAUAACACUUUUAACGUUGGCUUCUCCUGAGGGAGAAAUGUCAACUGAUCGUAAGCAAAUUCAAAAACGCGCUCUUUCCUAUUUAAUUGAGCAUCAUCAAGACUACAAGAAUGAAUAUGACGUUAAUAAAAUCCAAAUAAAGUUUUUACCAUGUUUGGAUGGUAAAACAUUUGCAACACCUCAAGACUGUUUUACGAAUCCUGAUGUUCAGUUAUUAGACUUUCAAGUAUUACAUCGAGACUUGAUCCCUGUUCGUGAUAAAUUAGGUGUUAGAGAAAAUCCUUCUGCUGAUCGACUUAUCCAGACUUUCUUGAACAAACAAGAACAAGAUCGUGAAAAAGUGCGUAAGAUCUUUGAAUAUAUGGCAAGUCGUAUGGGUAACUUUUCUUCCUAUCAUUGGCAUCAACUAAGACAAUCUGCGUUUAUCCCAGUUGAAAUAGAGAAAAAUGGAGCUAAAACUGUUAAGUUAAUGGAACCCUCAAAAUGCUAUUUUGAAACAGAAGAUUCAACAAGUUUUCACAAAGAAUUGUUUUUGUAUGUUAAUUUUGGUAAGCUUGCUAAUUCCUUUUUACGCUCUUGUGGCGUGAAAGAUGAACCUACGACAGUUGAAUUAGCAGCCAUGAUUGUUAAAAAUCCACAACGUUUCUGGGAUCUAAGUGGUGGAGGCGAACGCUAUUUAAAUGUUCUUCGUCAGAUAGCAGGCCAAUUUUAUUUAAUUCGAUCUAACAAACAGCUUAUAAAUGAUAUGAAGACAAAACCAUUUUUAGUUGGUAUUAAGCGUACAACUUUGUCAGAACAAAAUAAGAAGGCACAAGAUGAUAAUGAAGAAGAUGAAGGUUUUAUUCAAUAUAGAUUAGCAAAGGCAUCAGAUAUCUUUAUCAUCGAUGAUACUACAAGCCAUCAAAUUUUUUCACCUUUAUCUGCACCUAUGGAACCAUUACUAGAAGAUCUUUAUUCAAAUUUAGGCAGUCAACGACUAUCAACUCAAAUCAAGGAAGCUUAUUCUUAUGUAAGCAGUAUGGGUGUUACAUUUAAAUCGAAGGAAAUUACUAAAAUGAUAUUUGAACGUACACCUAUUAUUAUUUACCAAAUGAUAAAUGACGAUCCACAGCGUCGAAAAGAGCUUUUACAUGAUGAAAAAUAUGUGAAACAACAUCUUAAAGUAAUGCAAGUGAAAGAUCUUAAAAUUAAUAGAACAUUUAAAUAUACCGACGAAAAGAAUAUUCAGCCAACAACAUCAUGUGCUGAUCGUGUAAAUUUUGGAAUCUAUAUUUCUGAUACAAAUGACAUUGAUUAUUAUGAUGUUGCUAAUUCUCUGUGUAGUCUACUUUUUGCCCGUGUUCGUUUUAAUGAUGCUAUUAUUGUUGAACGUUAUUUAACAACAAGCCUUUAUAAUUUACGACGUAAAGGUGUACCUGUAGAUCGUAUUUUGAAUAUUCGUAAGCAACAAACCACUCCACCCGUAAGCAACACUUCAAUUUCUAAGCCUCAUCCUCAAAUGCCAAAACCACUUACAUCAGAUGAAAUGGAUUUAUAUACCAAAAAAGUACAAGAGGUAUUUAGUGAUUGUCAAGAAAGUUAUAUUAGACAGAUACUUGCUCAGCAAUAUGAAGAUCAUGUGCAAAAUACCAUUACAAAAUUACUUCAUGAAGACUAUCCCAGAGUAAAUAAAAAGUCUGAUGAUGGUAACAAAAUUAUUUCUUCUGUGAUAUCAGAAGAGGAAGAAGCGCAAAAAAGAAAACAGGCAGAUAUAGCAGUUCAGCAAAGACAGCAACAGACAAAGGCCGAAAAAUCGACUGGUUUUAUAAAUAAACUUUGGUCUACGUGGAAACAGCAAGUGACUCCAUUAUCCCCUGUGGCGGAUAAAGCGAGUAUACCAUCUUCAUUAACUGAAACUAUAAAUCAAACCGAUAAGAAUACAAUUGAUUCAAAGCCAAAAUUACCAAAAUCAGAGACAACAAUUACUCCUAAUUUUACAGCCAACAUUAAGCAAAACUUGAAAAGAGCCGUUCAUUCUUGUAAACCGUAUACAGGUCAAGAUGUAUAUACACCACCACGUAUUAAUCAAGUCAGAGAAUCUACCAGUUACUGUGAUGCAGCACCUGGUAAUAACUUAACCUAUGUUGGUAACGUAAAGGGUAUGGAGUUCUAUGUUCAUCGCAGUGUUCAACCUGAUGAUGUAUUAAAUCAAUACGGUCAAGCAAUGGCUAGAUUUACAAACAUACUUGAUGAUUUAGCAAAGGUUUUCCAGCUCAAGUUGGCUACUAUUCAGAUCUUUUAUGAUACUGAAGGACCAACAAUUGCUUUUAACCUUAGUGGAAGUCUCUUUAUGAAUCUAAGAUAUUAUUUGGCAUUACAUGAUUCUGGUGACAGUACUGAUCAGGCAACAAUUGGCAAAAAAUGCAAAGAAGCACUCAUCUAUUGGUUUAUGACUUUAUGCCAUGAAUUAGCUCAUAAUUUCGUAUCUGAACAUAGUUCUGAACAUGAAUUUUAUAUGUCUUCUUUUGCAGAGAACUAUCUUGAAAUAUUAAUUGAUCAUAUUUAUUCUUCAAGUAUUGGAAAUAAUGCUGAAGGAUCGACCAUGAUCGAUCACUCUGCAACUUCAUCAACUGAUCUUUUAAGCUAAACUCUUAUAUGUUUAUCUACUUUUAAUUAUUAUUUCAAAUAAUUACUUGUUUUUGUGUUACUUAAUCUUUGAUUUGUAUACUAGUAAUAAAUAUGCGCCUGCAGUAUUUCUAAAUGUUUUGAUUUUUUUUUUUGGAUUAUAGAAAAGGUAAUUCAGUUUGUAUCCAUAUGCGUUAAUCCCCGAGAUUUUAAUCGUCUACUUGUCAUUCGCUUUUACAUACAGAUAGUUCAUUUACAACUAGAAUAAGAUAUAGCAAUUAGUACCCUAAGUCAAAGAAACCUUAAAUAAUUAAAAUCUUAACGAAACAAUUGUAUUAAAAGGAUCUUUGGUGGAUCUCUCUACU